AAACGCCUUGGUCGUGACGAUCAAUAUUACGCCAUGACGCAAAGUAUGAGGGAUUUAUUGGUGCACUACCCUCUCUGACCGAGUUCACUGACAAUUCCCGUGCAUGGUAGGGGUAGGUCAUGAGGACAUGAAGCAGACACCGACUUGAUGCGUCAUGAACAUAGCGGGGAUGGCGGACUUCGGAUCCCUGGAUCUGGCCUUGGAUGCCAUCACACAGUUGAUCCGGGUCACCGCCGGCAAGAAGGGGUUCCACGCCCUCAGACAUACUCUGUUGGGCAACAAACCUGACGACGAGUUACACGUGGUCAAGGAUGUGAUUUCCGAUGACGAAAAAAGUGAGCUCCAAUUGCGCUUGGAGGCCAUCAAGUCGCACAUUGCCAAGGCAUCGUCCCAAUUCCAGAUCUCCUACCAAGACAUCCUCAAGAAUGCCAUGGCCAGAAACAAGCUGGAGAUGCUCAAACGACAACGGUUGGAGCGCUCUCAAUCCACGACAUCCAACGAAUCGUCAUCCACGUACGAGCCGAAUUUGUCACCCAUGUUUCAGCCUCAGCCUCCCACUCCUCAGCUCUUGGACAUCUCCGGCUCGUCCAACGACCUGUCCAUGGUCUCGUUGCAACCGUUUGAGACGUCGGCGGGACACAUGGUGCUCUCAGAUUCCCCCGUUCUAGUACAAAGUGACUUUAGUCUUCCCAAUCCCGUCCAACUAGUCAAUAUCAAGCCUUCCGUACUCACUUCUAUCUCAUUGCCAUCGGAACCCAUCAGUAGUGCGGCCUUACCCAUUUCACUGAAUAGCAUCCCACCCACACCGCCACUCUCUACAUCCUCGUCAACCUCGUCACCGUCCACAUCCACCGGAUCUGUCUCCAUUGGGGAGCAGAGAAUGCUGCGGUAUGGGCGUGCCAUCCUCAAACUCAAACACUACAAGCGUGCCUUGAAGUAUGCGAUAUGGGACUUCCAAGAUGGCGUGACCGUUGAAGAUGCCGCCAAGAAACAGGGGAUCACAAAGGAGGCCAUCCAAUAUUCGAUCAAUCUGAUCGUUAGUAAAACUGGCGAGACGAUUGACGAAUUCAAAAACAAUCGCUCCUCCAAUUGCGAGGUGUAUCCAGGACAGAUCAGUGAGGCCUACAAAGGCCGAGUUAAGGAUGGAACACAGAGAGUGAAGCAGAAGAAGUGCCAAAAUUUGUUUGCUUGCGCGGUAGCCUGUGACAUUAGCUUGUUUGACCUCAUGGACAGCCUUAUCAAGGAGCUGGAAAUCGAAACCAAGAUCCUUAGCCUUCAACCGGUACCUGAACUGACCCCAACACCGACUGGCAACCAAGCAAUUGAUCCCCAACACGAUGACAUUCUGUCCGAUAUUGAUGAGGUGAUUCGCGAGGACUCCGUUGAAGCCCAAUGCAUCGCCAAUAAUGAAGUGGUUCAAUUACAAUUGACCAAUUGUGAUGUUUGUAAGAAAAUGUUCUUCGACUCGAAGUCAUUUCAAGAACAUGACGAUGCUGGAUGCAUCGAUUACUAGCUAACAUAAUCAACAUAUGUUAUAGCGACAUAUGUGUAGUUUGUAUUUGCUCAAAAACUAACAAUCCCAACCAAUCUGCUUUUGUAUUUUGUAUUACACAUUAACUUAUGCUACACUACUUCGACUGCCAUGAUGUGAUUCUUGAUUUCAAAUCAAAAUACUAUUUUUUUUCUUUUGUGCUUAACGCGCGUUUAGAUCGAUCCAUUCCGUCGUUUGUUUGGAACAAUAUAUUCUGGUUGAUUUGUUCAUCAUAAAUGAUAUUGUUUUUCAAUAAAUAUUGUUUGAAAACAGA